CCACCACAAUAUGUAUAUGUACAGAGUCACACAACACGAGACUAUAACACGCAAAAUCAAAAUCGUUUAACCAUUUCCUUUAAUGGCGGACUCCAAUUCCCAAAUUGCCCCUCAAACCCCCAUCGACGGCAACGUUCUUGCCGCCAAAUCCUUCGCGCGAUGCGGUGUAACCCACAUGUUUGGAGUGGUGGGCAUUCCGGUGACUUCACUGGCUAACCGUGCUGUUUCUCUUGGAAUCCGUUUCUUGGCCUUCCAUAAUGAGCAGUCCGCUGGAUAUGCUGCCUCCGCCUAUGGUUACCUCACUGGCAAACCGGGUUUGCUUCUUACUGUCUCCGGUCCGGGUUGUGUCCAUGGGCUUGCUGGAUUGUCUAACGCCAUGGCUAAUACUUGGCCGAUGGUGAUGAUCUCUGGCUCUUGUGAUCAAAAUGACUUUGGUCGAGGAGAUUUUCAAGAGCUUGAUCAGAUAGAGGCAGUCAAACCUUUCUCGAAAUUAUCAGUAAAAGCUAAAAGUAUCAAGGAUAUACCUAAUUGUGUUGUUCAGGUUCUCGAUCGCGCUGUUUCGGGUCGGCCCGGUGGAUGCUAUUUGGAUCUUCCUUCAGAUGUUUUGCAUCAAACGGUAACGGAAUCUGAGGCGGAAAGUUUGUUAACUGCCGCCUUGAAUAGUUCUGAAUCGAGGUCGAUUGCAAAUGGGAGUGAGAUUGCAAGUUCAGAUAUUGAAGUAGCUGCCGAGUUGCUCAGAAAAGCAGAAAGGCCUCUAAUUGUGUUUGGAAAAGGAGCAGCCUAUGCGCGAGCAGAGAAUGAGCUGAAGAAGUUAGUGGAAAACACUGGAAUUCCAUUUUUGCCCACGCCAAUGGGUAAAGGGUUGUUGCCUGAUACCCAUGAUCUUGCUGCAAGUGCUGCAAGGUCACUUGCUAUUGGUAAAUGUGAUGUUGCUCUUGUUGUUGGUGCUAGACUUAAUUGGCUAUUGCAUUUUGGGGAGCCACCUAAGUGGUCUAAGGAUGUGAAGUUUAUAUUAGUGGAUGUUAGUAAGGAUGAAAUAGAACUAAGAAAACCACAUCUGGGUUUGGUAGGGGAUGCAAAAAAAGUGUUGGAAUUGAUAAACAAGGAGAUUAAGGAUGAUCCUUUUUGUUUGGGGAAUAAUCAUCCAUGGGUGGAGGCUGUUUCAAAGAAAGCUAAGGAGAAUGUGUCAAGAAUGGAGGCUCAGUUGGCAAAGGAUGUUGUGCCAUUUAAUUUCUUGACACCUAUGAGGAUUAUUAGAGAUGCUAUUUUAGGAGUGGGCAGCCCUGCUCCAGUAGUGGUUUCAGAGGGAGCUAAUACAAUGGAUGUUGGCAGAUCUGUGUUGGUACAGACAGAGCCUAGGACUAGGUUGGAUGCUGGGACUUGGGGGACAAUGGGGGUUGGGUUGGGUUAUUGCAUUGCUGCUGCUGUGGCUGAGCCUGAUCGGCUUGUUGUUGCAGUUGAAGGUGACUCUGGAUUUGGGUUUAGCGCCAUGGAAGUUGAGACAUUGGUUCGAUAUCAGUUGCCUGUAGUUGUAAUCGUCUUUAACAACGGUGGUGUAUAUGGUGGUGACCGGAGAAGCCCUGAAGAAAUAUCAGGGCCCUUUAAGGAUGACCCAGCACCCACUUCUUUUGUACCUGGUGCUGCAUAUCACAAACUCAUCGAAGCUUUUGGGGGCAAAGGUUAUCUUGUUGGGACACCUGAUGAACUCAAGUCUGCUCUUGAUGAGUCCUUUUCUGCAAGAAAGCCAACUGUAAUCAAUGUCACGAUUGAUCCUUAUGCUGGUGCAGAAAGCGGGAGGCUGCAGCACAAAAACUAGACUGCAUCUACCUCUGUUUAUAUCUGUCCAUCAUUUGCUGCGGCCGAGCUGCUGUUGUAACUGUAAGUGUUACUGCUUGCUGCAAACCCAGAUGUGCAUGUGUCGUCGAUUCAGAUGUUGUUAUUGCUUGCAUAUAUCGAAGUUGUUUCUCGUUAUUUAUCAUAGGUGAGCUAAAUUGAAUCUGUAUCAUCUUGUCACAAAAUCAUGAAAACAUAAAUAGUAGCAUGAUAAUACUGUGUUAGAAUUGGUGCUGGUGGAGGUAUGAGUUAUGUAAGGACAUGAUAAGCAUCAUAAGUUCAAAAAAUAUUUCUGUUGAUUGGAUUCAAUAAAGUGCUGAUUUCCUUUACCAAUAUCAA